UCUUCCCAGCCGUCUCCUGAAAUCAAAGCCACCCACAAUAUCUUUUUGCUUGUUCUAAAGAAUUUCUGGAAUCCAGUCUCUGUUGCUGACCCGUCUUGGCCUGAAACACAGAAGAGUUGAACAUUUCAACACCCCCCAUACUGAACUGUCAGUCAUUAUAUUCUUCCACGGGCUCCAUUAUUUAUAAUUUCACAAUAUAAUCUAUUUUGUUUCAUUUGAAACCUGUUUGCUAAUUAAAACAUCAAUAAGGUAAUGUAUUCAAGCGAUAUUAUUUUUGUGGUUUUCCUCAUGUCUCCAAUCUGUAUUGGGUUCGUGGGGAACUCAUUGAUCUUCACGUUAUAUAUGUACACCUUCUUCACUCAAUCUCACCUGAAAAAGCCCAUAGAUUUGAUUUUCAUACACCUGACAUUGGUCAAUGUAUUUACAAUUUUGUUCAGGUUGAUACCAGAUGUCAUGUCAUCCUUUGGAGUAAGACAUUUUCUGGAUGACGUUGGUUGUAAGGCAACUUUGUACACAUACAGAGUUACUCGGGGUCUUUCCAUCUGUACUACCUCCCUCCUGAGUGCAUUUCAAGCCAUCACUAUCAGUCCCAGUACUUCUAAAUGGACAUGGCUUAAAUCUAAAAUGUCUACAUGCAUGUUUCCUUCUUUCCUUUUUUUCUGGAUCGUCAACAUGCUCAUCUAUAUCCACAUCAUCAAAACUGUAGAAGCCAAAAACAAUGUCACAAUUACUGGUUCUGGGUAUUCCCAACUAUAUUGUCAAGCUAAGCAGUUGGAACAGCAGUAUUCAAUAGCACUUUUUAGUGUUAUGGUGAUUCGAGAUCUCCUCUUUGUGGUCCUCAUGAUGUCAUCCAGUAUCUACAUGGCGAAUCUCCUCUAUAAACACAGCCGGAGAGCCCAGCACGUGCAUAGCUUCAGCCUCCCUUCCCAGCCAUCUCCUGAAAUCAAAGCCACCCACAAUAUUCUUUCGCUGGUAAGUUGCUUUGUCUUCUUUUAUUGCUCAAAUGACUUUUUUACCCUUUACUUAUUUUAUAGACCUGAGAAAAACCCCAGUCUGGAGAGAAUUACAGGGAUUAUUUCAGCAUGCUACCCAACCAUCUGCCCUUUUGUGCUGAUGAAAAAUAAUAAGAUUAUUUCCAAAUUUAUUUCUUCCAUUUCAAAGAUGAGAAUUAUCUUUUCUCCAAGAACAUUCAGUAGAUGA